UGAGCCGCCGCACCUGGCCAAACCAUGAGGGCAUUUAUUAUUAACUAAGUAAGAAUUCUGGAGGUAGGCGCCUCGAGAGUCGCUUCAGAGGCCACAGGGGACUGGCUGACAUUUUUGAGAUUCUCUGGACAGCUUCGGACAUCUUGGUUCACGCAACUCCAUCCACAGGCAGGAAGCAAGAGGGGUGAGCGAGCUCACUCCUCUUCACUGGGGGAUCGGAGCACUCUGAGCAGGCUCCCUCUUGUUCGCCGGGGGAUGGGAGUACUGUGAGUGAGGCUCCCUCCUGUUCACAGGGGGAUGGGAGCACUCCAUUUACUAGGGGGUAGAAAAACCUUUUCUGGAGCAUUCCCUCUACUUUAGAUUCUCCCCAUACCUCACCUACCAGAACUAACUGCAGAGGAGAUUGAGAAAGUGAUACCUGGCUUUUUCACCCUGCCAAUGGGAGACAGGCAAGAAACGGGGAAUUGGUUUGCUAUUGGGUAGGAAACCACAGAGCCUGUCAACCCCUCCUUCCUUCACUCGAGUAAGAUGUUCUAAACACCUACUCUGGGCCAGGCUCUGGUGAUACAGAAGAAAAGACGGUCUCCAUUUUCAAACAGUCCCUACUGAGAGAACACACAGGCCGAGGAUUGCAACACCCGGCGCCAAACACUGGGAGACCAAAGUGUUGGCAUCUGUCCCCUAGCUGAGCCAAGAUGGGCGACUGGAGCUUCCUGGGAGAGUUCCUGGAGGAGGUCCACAAGCACUCCACGGUGGUGGGCAAGGUCUGGCUCACCGUCCUCUUCAUAUUCCGCAUGCUCGUGCUGGGCACCGCGGCUGAGUCGUCCUGGGGGGACGAGCAGGCUGAUUUCCGGUGUGACACGAUUCAGCCUGGCUGCCAGAACGUGUGCUACGACCAGGCCUUCCCCAUCUCGCACAUUCGCUUCUGGGUGCUGCAGAUCAUCUUUGUGUCCACGCCCUCGCUGGUGUACAUGGGCCACGCCAUGCACACGGUGCGCAUGCAGGAGAAGCGCAGGCUGCGGGAGGCCGAGAAGGCCAGGGCGGGCGGUGGCUCCGGCUCCUACGAGUACCCGGUGGGGGCCGAGAAGGCCGAGCCGUCCUGCUGGGAGGAAGGGAACGGGAGGAUCGUGCUCCGGGGCACUCUGCUCCACACCUACGUGUGCAGCAUCCUGAUCCGCACCACCAUGGAGGUGGGCUUCAUCGUGGGCCAGUACUUCAUCUACGGAGUCUUCCUGACCACCCUGCACGUCUGUCGCAGGAGUCCCUGUCCCCACCCGGUCAACUGUUACGUAUCCCGACCCACGGAGAAGAAUGUCUUCAUCGUCUUUAUGCUGGCGGUGGCUGCGCUGUCCCUCUUCCUCAGCCUGGCUGAACUCUACCACUUGGGCUGGAAGAAGCUCAGACAGCGAUGCGUCAAGUCGCGGCAGGACGUGGCCAAGUGCCAGCUCUCCGGCCCCUCUGCGAGCCUAGUCCAGAGCUGCACACCGCCCCCUGACUUUAACCAGUGCCUGCAGAGCGGCCCUGGGGGGAAAUUCUUCCAUUCCUUCAGCAAUAAUGUGGCCUCGCAACAAAACACCGAUAACCUGGCCACGGAGCAGGUGCGAGGCCAGGAUCAGACUCCUGGGAAAGGUUUCAUCCAGGUUCCUUAUGACCAGAAGCCUGAGGUGCCCAACGGAGUCUCACCGGGUCACCGCCUCCCCCACGGCUACCAUAGCGACAAGCGACGUCUGAGUAAGGCCAGCAGCAAGGCCAGGUCAGAUGACCUCUCAGUGUGACCGUCCUUCCUGGGAGGACCAGGACCAGGUGGGAACGAAGGAGGCUCAGAGAGGAAAGAUGUCCCUUCUGACGUUUUCUCGCUGUCAUCAUUGCUUGGCUCCUUUGGGCCCCGGGGCUCAAUGACAUUGCUCAUCAAUUCGAGAAACUAUAACCAGGGCUCUGGGAUAAGAAGAGAUGUGACUACCCUCCCAGACUACAGUUCCCUCCCCACCCUCUACCCGGUAUAAUCAAUGAAGCCUUUCAGAUUACUCAAGAAACAGGGUAGAGGAAGGGAAGGGAAGCGUGGCAGAAGCUAGCCUGGAAGGGAUAGCCAGAGGGAUAGAGUGACUCUCUCUGCAUACCAGCCACAUACCAGAUGAGUUCUCCAAGUUCCUACCCUUCCCCCUCCACCCGAUCACCCUCGCUUCUCCAAGGAAGAGCUCAAAGUUCCCGGCCGAAAGAGAGCAUGUAUCCAGGAACUUGGAAUAGACAUGUUCUUGAAUCUGUUGGCUCCACAGGCCGUUCCUUGCAGUAGCGGUGAGAUGGCCUUGGGCUGCCCUUGGCUUCUCCUCCUUCUACUCCAUCUUUAAAAGGGCUUCUUGGAACUUCACCGGCAGCCUCAACUUUACAAGUGCCUUGGUAUGUACCUCUGGCAGGUGUCCCGCCCUGGUGAUGUUGCAACCUUUCCUUCCGCCAGAGUGUACAGCCAGCCUGUGAAGGUGUCAGCUCUCCCGUGGAGUCACUGUGCGCACAAACUCCGCUGGAAUUCCUGCCACCACCUGUCAUCCGCAGCUCCUUUACAGUUCAACCCAAUGACAGAAACCAUCCCUUCCCUUUCUCCCUUGGCUGUUCACCCAGCCAGUCCCUAAAGGCCUUAUGGACAGGAAUACCCAGGAAGCCCUUGUCCUCUCUCGAACCCCGACCAGAUCACCAGCCACUGAGGCCAAUGGAAUUUCCCCGUUUUCUUUGUGAAAACAAAGAAAGCAUUGUGCUUCUCAGAUUCCCCUCGCGGAAAAAAAGAUUCUGCUGUGAAGAUGAAAAUAAAAAAGAAGAGAAAAUGCUGGAAAA